AUGCAAAAGAAUGAUGUAGAGGAGACGGAUGUCAAACGUGUAGAGUGGGUUCACCUCCAACAGGAGCUCGCGGCUCGUGUUCACGUACCAAGGACUGAGGUAUAUUGCCCAUUACCAACAGCUUCUCCCGCUGUGUGGUGUAAAUCUCUUAGUGAUCUUUGGAAACCGCGAGAGGAUGGAGAGUUUGAUCUCGCUUUUGUUCAUCGACACUUUUUACUUCCAAAAGAACUUCUCCAUAGUGAAUCAAAAUUAUCACAGAAUCCACCCAAAUUGGAUAAGUUGUCUACUACGGAGUACUAUCAUUUCGCAUAUGAGAUUCUUUCACGUCAGAUCGUGUGGGAUAUAAAUCGUCAAGAUAAAUGGGAAGAAGAGGCGAUAUUAUCUGAAGGUCAAACCUCUUUCAGACAAUUUCCAUCAUCCCAUCUUUCCCCUCUUAAGAUUGUGGGCGGGGUUGAUAUUUCCACAAUUGCGGGGACGCCCUAUGGCGUGGCUUGCCUUACCAUUCACGCCUUCCCAUCACUCGAUCUUUUAGGUAAGUUUUUGCACCACUGCGAACUCAAGGAGCCCUACAUUUCGUGCUUUUUGGCCUUUCGAGAGGUGCAGCCGAUAAUCGAACUGUUCGAUCGCGUGCGAGGCGCUCUGGAGGAGAAGGGCUGGAUGCCGCAGCUUUUGCUGGUGGAUGGUUGUGGUGUGAAUCACCCGCGGCGUUGUGGUUUGGCUUCCCACCUGGGCGUUUUGCUGAACCUUCCUACGAUUGGCUGCAGUAAAAACAUGCUCUCCGUCGGCGGUCUUUCUCGUGAAGAUGUGGAAAGCUACUUCCGCACCGUAGCGGGUGAAUCACCUAGCGGGAAUGCGCAAAGUGAGGGGGAUGGCGGGGCGAAGAGGAGGACGCACUCUGCUUCUUUUUCUUCUUCUCUGGUCGCUCGAAUGCUGCCCCCACUGCACCCUAUUCUUGUCAAGAGCUCUUUAUUCCCUUCUUUUUCUUCUUCUGUUUCCUCCGAUGACGUGGCGCUUGUUGGUUACGCGGUGCAAACGAGUAAAAGCUCAAAGCGUUGUAUUUUUGUUUCCCCUGGCAAUGAAGUCGGCUACGCUACGUCGGUUGGGUUAGUGCUGAGGAUGUGUAGGCAUCGCGUCCCGGAGCCGAUCCGUACGGCGGAUUUAUUAUCCAGAGACUACAUUCGCAGUAUGAAUCUGGCGGAAGAAUUGAAGAAGGGAGGGAUAGAAAGCGCUCAGAAUUUCUUAAACGUUGAUUGAAUACCCGCGGCAACACCGGUACAGGUUUUAACAAGUAAUUAUGCACACCCAAAAGCGUAAUUCAUGGUAUA